AUGCAGACGACGAGGAAAAAAAAUAGUUUCUAUACGUUAGAAGCAACUUUUGACGUUUUGCCUAUAAACUGUAUAAGGCUAAUUGUCGGAGAUUUAAAUGCUCAAGUUGGCAGAGAAACGUCCUUUGGACAAACGAUUGGAAAAGGAAGCUGUCAUCUUACGACAAAUAAUAAUGGUCAAAAAAUAGUUGACUUUUGUUCUUCAAAAGACCUCAUAAUUAGCAGCACCUAUUUCCCAAGAAAAAACAUUUAUAAACAUACAUGGUCUGCCCCAGAUGGGAAAACGAAAAGUCAAAUUGACCAUAUCAUAAUAGACAAGAGGCACAAAACAUCAAUUCGUAGUAUUGGAAGUUACAGAGGAGCUGAUGGAGAUACUGACCAUUUUUUAGUUGUUGCAACGUUUGUAUUAAAGCUGUCAGAGAUAGACACAUACCAAAGAGAAAUUUCGGAAAAUCUCAGGAAAUAUAAUCUUGCAGAACAUGAAUCGGAUAAAGUUUCACUGUGGUCAAAGACAAAAGAAUCUAUAACAAAAGCCGCUGAAAGAUUACGAGCUGCUAUUAACAAGCGAACUUUAGCUAGACGAAAUAUGUUGCUGAAUCCAACAGAAGAGAACAUAAGUGAAUACUCUAAACUCAGAACCCUAGCAAACAAGGUGAUUAGGCAACAGAAACGCGCAAUGGAAAAAAGAGCUAUGGAAGAUAUCGAAUAUUAUAAGAAAGAACCUAGAUUGUUUUUUAAGAAGUGCAGAUCGAUUAAAGAGGGGUUCAAGGCACGUACUAAUUCCAUCACAGGCAUGAAUGGUCAUAUAAUAUCGGAACCUAGCGAGAUCGUAAACAAAUUUCAAGAAUUUUUUGAAGAACUGUUAAAUAACAAAAAUUCCCGCACUGGAAAUAACAACAAUGGAAACAAACAAGUAAAACAGGAAUGGUUUUCAUCAGUUAUCUGCCCUAUUUUCAAGAAAGGGGAUCCAACUAAAGUUAGCAAUUAUGGAGGUAUAUCGCUUUUAGACACAGCGCACAAGGUGCUCUCAAUAGCUAUCUUACGAAGAAUAGAAGCAAUAGCAAUAGACAUUGUAAGAAAAUAUCAGUGUGGUUUCUUAAAAGGAAGAUCUACCAGUGACCACAUCUUCACGCUCAGACAAACAAUGGAAAAGUAUUAUGAGUACGACAAAGACCUACACAUGAUAUUUAUAGAUUUUAAACAAGCGUACGAUAGCAUCGACAGAGAACAGCUAUGGACAGUACUUCAAAAUUUUGGUUUGCCCAGGAAACUGGUAAACUUGGUUAAAGGUUGCAAUUCCAAUACUACAUGCAAAGUACGUUUCGUGGGAAUGACGUCAGAGAAUUUUGAAGUCAUGUCAGGCCUGAGAAAAGGGGAUGCUCUAUCCCCCAUUCUUCUUAACAUAGCUUUAGAAAAAGUGGUCAGAGAUAUGCAUGAAACGCGAGAAAUGGAUCUAACUGGUAGCGGCACGUUGUUUGCAUAUGCUGACGACAUUGUCAUUCUCGGAGACUCUCAAACUGAAGUAGAAGGAAGUACAAAUAAAUAA